ACGCCUCUUUCGAGCAACGUCACGCAGGUUUAUCGACGGAAACAAUACAGUGAGGGAGUUCGUUUUUGCACCGCCGAUUGUACUAUUAAUUUCUCAACAGGAUACCAACCAGGAUCAACUCGGCAAUCGGUAGAAAUUGGUUUUAAGUUUUAAUCGCCCGUCAGCGGCAUACAUACACGACCAGAAAGGAAAUAGAAUACAAUUUUAUCAACGAUGUAAUGACGUGGGACUCCGAAUCGGGCUUAUCUUCCAGUGCACGUCUAUUACUGGUAAAAACGCAGUCGAAAAUGAGUGUGCGAUUUUUAUUUUUGUGAAUUUUCAAGAAGAUUUCCAGAAUGCCUAAUCAUGUGCAAUACAUCAGUUGUCCGACGAGGACAAUGAGCGUUUCUCCGACUUCAACUCCAGAAGAAUUAGGCAGGAGGGCCCUGAUCCAGAGAAACGACCUUUUGCUGCACGAAGCCGUGAUCAAAAACGACACGGAAGGCGUCAGGAGGAUUUUAAAGGAACCGGUCGAUGUCAAUUCUAGAAAUAAUUAUGGCAGAGCGCCAAUCCACUGGGCCUCGGCCAGAGGUAAUAUCGAUAUUAUGGAACUGCUGUUGAACGCCCAUUGCGAUGUCGAAGCCAGGGACAAGUACGGCAUGCAACCCUUGCACAUGGCAGCGUGGCACGGACAUCCAGAAGCCGUCAAAUUAUUAAUAAACGUCGGAGCUUCAACUAAUGCCGUUACGAAGGCCCAAUACACGCUACUAAUAUGCGCAGCCCGAAAUAACCGAACCGACGUCAUCGACUUCCUUUUGGACACUUUAGAAGACGUCCAAAUUGACGCCGUAGACGGCGAACAGCAAACCGCCCUUUCGCAUGCCGCAGCUAACGGGCACGUUGCUAUCGUUAAACGAUUAAUCGAAAUGGGUGCCGGAUUAGACAAGAAAAACAAGGAAAGUAAGUCGGCGUUGCACGAAGCUUGUCAGGGCGGACACGCUGAAGUAGCUCAGCUACUGUUGGCUCGCGAAGCUGACAUGGAAGCACGUGACAGUCAAGACAAUACGCCGCUGCAUUUGGCUGCGCAGCACCAGCAAAACAGGUUGGUGCAAAUUUUGUUGGAAAACGGUGCUGAUCCAGACAGCGAGAAUCAAAAAGGUAACACAGCUCUUCACAUAGCGGCCAGCUUAGGCAGCAAAGGUAUCCUAGAUUGUCUCUUGCAACACGGAGCUUCGCUAUCGGUGCAAAAUCAGUGUGGUAAUACGGCCCUGCACAUGGCCUGCCAAUCCAACGCACUCGAUACAGUAGAAAUAUUAAUUAACAAAGGAGCUAAUCUUAAUUGUUUAAAUAAGAGGCUGCAGACGCCCAUUCACAUAGCGGCUGAAAUGGGGCACACGGAAGUAUGCAAACUGCUUCUGGCCGCAGGGGCGGACAUCGAACAAAGGGAACAGGGCGGCCGGACGCCCCUUUACGUCGCCGCCCGCGGCAGUUUCACCGCCAUCGUCGACAUGAUCAUCAAAACGGCCCGCUUGGAUUAUCCAGCGCACGAUGAGAGCCCCGAAAACAAAAAAGACAGUUCCGGUUUGAGACCGAAACUGAGCCGCAGGUGGCGCUCGGCGUCCAAAGACGAAACCAAAGCGAAAGAAUACGAAAGAUUGAAAGAAAUUUUGUAUAAAUUGGCCUUCAAGCAUUUGAGCCACGGCGAAUGGAAAAAGCUCGCUUACCAUUGGGCGUUCACGGAAGACCAAAUUAAAGCUAUAGAACACCAGUAUAAUGGUCCGUCCAGUUACAAGGAGCACGGAUUUCGUAUGAUGUUGAUAUGGGCGCACGGGCUGACGUCCGAAAUUAAUCCCAUGAAGGAACUCUAUGAAAGUUUAGUGGCUAUUGGGAAGAGACCUUUAGCAGAUACGCUGAGAAGAAAAGUCGAUCAAGAAAACGAAGCGCGGCGUAGGGGCCAAAACGAUCAGAGGUGCAGCAAAUGCUCUAUAUGCUAAAAAUAAACAUUAUUGUAAAUAGGCCCUUAUAUUUUAAUUUAGAAUAUCAUAUCAUAAUAGAUUUAUAUUAUAUUCAGUAGUAUCUUGAUCAAACCUUAGGUAGUGCCUUUUCCUCCAUAAAAAGUCGCAUAUCAACAACUACCUGAAAAAUAUUCAUCGGACCAAAAAAAAAAAUGUUAUUUCAUAUCAUCAUUGUAGCUUUUAAGACAAAAUUACUCUUUCCUCCAAAGCAUUUCGGCUAAUGGCGUUACUUGUCAAUAUACAGAUCGGACCAACCAACUAGACACAUAAUACGAAUUAGCUUGUACCUGGUAAUAGCGAAUCGUGGCAGUGAUAUGGGUAAUAUGGGUAUCAGUCAACUGGUCCCAGCCUAUGUGUUUAGUAGCCUGGUCCUGUCUGUACGUAUGGAAUAGAAGCAUGUAUAAAUUAGAAGAUGUUUAUCGGCAACUGAAGAAGAAGAAAGCAAAAAGAUGUGUCACAGUAGUUUAAAGUCUUAUUAUUUGGACCAAAACGUGCCAUUUUCCUCUGUUCAUGUUAAUAUUAUCUCAACUUUAAAGUUAUAUAAAUGUAAAAUAUAUAUACUUCUUCAAAUUAAUUCUCCCUGUAUGCCAUCCAAAUCUAGAUUUAUAAAAUAAUGUUAUAGAUUUCUUUAUUAUCUAAGAGAGUUUAUUGCAACGGAAAAAUAUUACUAUUAAAAUUAAAUAACAAAUUUCCUAUCUAUUUAGGUAUAACGUUCGUGUGUUUUUAUGUAUUUACGAUUAUAUUUUUCCCAGAAAUAGUAAUAAUCAAUUAAUUGAAAUUUGAAUUAAAUAUAUAUAAAGUUGUUUCAUUUAGA